CAAAGGCACCUUCUCCAACGACUGCACCAACAACGACACCUGCCCUGACAACAACUGAAGCAACAACAACUGCACCAACAACGACACGUGCUUCAACAACUGAGGAAACAACAAGUGUCCUGACAACAACUGCAGCAACAACACCUGCUCCAACAGCUACGGCAACGACACCUACUCCAACAACUGCAGAAACAACGACAUCUACCCCAACAACAAGUGAAGCAACAACGACACCUGCCCAAACAACUCAGGCAACAACAAAUGUCCCGACAACAACUGCAUCAACAACGACACCUGCUCCAACAACUGAGGCAACAACAAAUGUCCCGACAACAACUGCAUCAACAACGACACCU